AUACGUAAACCCCAAACGAUAAAACUUCAACUGUGAUUGUUUUGUGGGGGAGCUGAAUUUAGAAUUUAAUAAAAUAAUACCAAUUAUUUAUUUUAUUUACUAUUUAGACACUUAAAUAAGUUUAAAACUUAAAAUGGAUGACCAAGGAAGGAAAGUCAUUGUUUGUGACAAUGGCACUGGUUUCGUCAAAUGUGGAUAUGCAGGCAGCAACUUUCCUGCGUUUAUUUUCCCGUCGAUGGUGGGCAGGCCGAUCAUCAGAGCAGAAAACAAAAUCGGUGAAAUCGAUGUCAAGGAUGUUUGUAUCGGAGACUUAAUGGUUGGUGAUGAGGCAUCGCAGCUCAGGUCAAUGUUGGAAGUCAGCUAUCCUAUGGAAAAUGGGGUGGUACGCAAUUGGGAAGAUAUGUGUCAUGUAUGGGACUACACAUUUGGGCCUAGUAAGAUGAAUGUUGAUCCAAAGGAAACUAAGAUUUUGCUCACGGAACCACCCAUGAACCCCACUAAGAAUAGAGAGAAAAUGAUUGAGGUGAUGUUUGAAAAAUACGGAUUUGACAGUGCAUACAUAGCAAUCCAAGCUGUACUGACAUUGUAUGCACAAGGAUUGAUCUCUGGAGUUGUUGUUGACUCAGGUGAUGGCGUGACUCAUAUUUGUCCUGUGUAUGAAGAGUUUGCUCUUCCUCACCUGACUCGUCGAUUAGAUAUCGCAGGUAGAGAUAUCACUAGAUACCUUAUUAAGUUACUACUUCUGCGUGGCUAUGCAUUCAACCACUCAGCUGACUUUGAAACAGUCCGGAUGAUGAAGGAGAAGCUCUGUUACAUCGGAUACAAUGUGGAACAGGAGCAAAGACUGGCCUGGGAGACCACUGUGCUCGUGGAACCUUAUGUGCUUCCUGAUGGGAGAGUGAUCAAAGUCGGUGGUGAGAGGUUCGAAGCUCCAGAAGCAUUGUUUCAACCUCAUCUGAUUAAUGUGGAGGGGCAGGGCAUUGCUGAACUGGUUUUUAACACCAUACAGGCCGCCGACAUAGACAUGAGAAACGAGUUAUACAAGCACAUAGUGUUGUCCGGGGGUUCCACGAUGUACCCAGGGCUGCCUUCCCGGCUCGAGAGGGAAAUCAAGCAACUUUAUCUUGAACGAGUCCUGAAAAACGACUGCGACAAAUUGGCCAAAUUCAAGAUACGCAUAGAAGAUCCUCCGCGACGCAAAGACAUGGUGUUCAUAGGUGGCGCUGUGUUGGCGGAAGUCUGUAAGAACAGGGAUAACUUCUGGCUCACAAACCAGGAAUAUAAGGAACAGGGUUUGUCGUGUCUGCGAAAGCUGGGUCCAAGAGCGAGUUAACUUAGAUUUCAAUUGUAUAUUAUGUUAUACUAUCUACUUAAUAUUAUUUACUUUAAGAACAAUUUCCGUUUAGCAAAUUAUUAAAAAUAGUUAAUAUUCAAAUUGAUUUUUAAUGAAUUAUUAUUGUAUUACAAUUUUAUUAAAAUAGCUAAAAUGGUAUAGUAUAAACUGAAUGUUCGCAGUAAAUUGACAAGUUGAAGACUGUAUUAACAUGCAUUUAAUGUAUUAUUUCAAUAAAUUGUAUUAAAU